CUCUCCUCCUCCUCCUGUUUGGGAUUGGGAUCUUUCCUUUCUUUUUUCAGGGGAUUGAUCCCAAGGAGGAAUUUUACCUUUGUUUUCCCUUAUUUCUCUCUCUCUGUUUUUUUUUCCACUGAUGUUGCUGCAGCAUCUACCAACAAGCUAGCAAGUUGCUAUUGGUGUUGGUAUUGGGCUGUGUGUUCUUGUUGUGAGUCCUUAGCCUACCAGCAAAAGGUUUGUCAUGCAAGAACAAGUCUCCCUAUAAGAGGGUGGGAUCCUUUUCUCUUUGGGGAGGAUAAUCUGCACUCCAAACAAGAGGAAAGAGAGGGAAUUUCAAUGGGGAAAGUGAAGCUCAAGAGCAGAGAAGUGGCAAGGAAAAGCUCUGAUCAAGAUUCGAAGAGCCUGAAUUCACAAGACGCUGCGAGAGAUUUUGGGGGUUUGAUCCACAGCCCGCCCCGCUGCGUCGUGUGUCCCACGUCCAGCGAUGGAAUUUCCAGCUUGGUGAGAGUCGCCAACGCCACCGCCAAGCUCACCAUCGCCGCCAGGGGCAACGGCCACUCGGUCCACGGCCAAGCGCAGGCCCUGAAUGGAAUCGUAAUUGACAUGCCCCGGAUGCCCACCAACGCCAUUCGCAUCGUCAAUCCAAUCCAACACCACGAUCACCACCAGGAUCAUCGAGAAGAAAUCCAUCAAAGCAAGGAUCAUGGUGGCGGCGAUGACGAUCUUUUCUGUGGUGGCCCGUUCGUGGAGGCAUCCGGAGGAGCGCUGUGGAUCGAUGUGCUGCGAGAGACGCUCAAGUGUGGGUUGGCGCCGCGGACCUGGACGGAUUAUCUCUACCUCAGCGUUGGCGGGACGCUCUCCAAUGCCGGCGUGAGCGGCCAGGCCUUCCGCCACGGCCCCCAAAUCAGCAACGUUCUCCAGCUCCAAGUCGUCACUGGCAACGGCGACACUGUGACUUGCUCGGCUACGAGGAAUUCGGAUCUCUUCUACGCUGUUCUUGGCGGACUUGGACAGUUUGGGAUCAUCACCAAAGCUCGGAUCCCGCUGGAAGAAGCUCCCGAGAGAGCGAGGUACAAGCGUCUCGUCUACACGGACUUUGGAGCGUUCCAAAAGGACAUCGAGCGGCUUAUCUCCUUGAACGAGGAUGUCGUCAACUACGUGGAAGGGAUCGUCAUCCCCAGCUGCGACGAUCCAUACCAGGGAUACAAUUCGGUCCCCUUCGAUGGCGAGGCGAUCGAUCCGUCGCUCAUCCCGGACUCCUCUGGCCCCGUCCUCUACUGUAUCGAGAUCGCAAAGUAUUACAACCACGGCCAAGAAGCGCUCAUGGAAGAUCGGUUGGAGACGUUGCUAGGCUCGCUUUCCUUCGUCCCGGGCCUGACCUUCACCACGGAUCUAACGUACUUCGACUUCCUCAAUCGCGUCCACGGCGUAGAGGAGGUGCUGCGAAAGAUCAAGCAGUGGGACGUCCCACACCCGUGGCUUGCAUUGUUCGUCCCAAAGAGCAAAAUCUCCAAGUUCAACGACAUAGUUUUCCGGGACAUGGUUUGCAAAGGCGUCAAUGGACCCAUGCUCAUCUAUCCACUCAACAGAUCCAAGUGGGAGACUAGAUCAUCCGUGGUGGUGCCGGACGAGUCCAUUUUUUACAUUGUUUGUUUGCUGCGCUAUGUGGUGGAGGGUGGUCAGCCUUUGGAAGCCCACGUCCAGCAAAACGAAGAGAUCAUGCGGAGGUGUGAGAUCAACGGCCUCAACGUGAAGCAAUACUUUCCACACUACCACAGUGAUGCCGAGUGGAAACAACACUUCGGAGAUUCUUGGGGCAAGUUUUUGGCGAACAAGAUCAAGUACGACCCAAACGCCAUACUAUCCCCAGGCCAGAGGAUCUUCGCCAGGGACAAGGUGGCGGUUGCCGCUGCUAAACAGGCUGCUGACCAGCGUUGACCUCUUCCAGAAUUUAUUAUUUUUCAUUGUUGUACAGCAGCCAGGAAAAUUUCUAAAGCUAUGAGAACCAGUUUUAUAUGAAAAUACAAUAUGUUUUUCUUUUUUAA